AUGGAGGAAAGCAAGAUCAAGGAGAAUGCCAUUGGUGGCUCGACAAUGAAAUUGAAGGCGCAAGAUGGAUGGAAGGCCGCAAAAGCAGUGGUAAUGGGUAUGGAUAGGUUGAAACCAUACCCAUACCCACCCACAUACCUCUUUGGUUUGGAGGAAAUUCAUUUUGAAGGAAUUAAAUGUGAAAAUCCUUUAAGAAAUCAACCACGUGGGCUGUCAUCAGGCAUGGAACGGGUGGUCACCCAAUCCCUCUCCCACCAAUCCCAUCCACCGUGUAUUGGAGUUGUUUAUUUGGAUGAUCCCACCGAGAUGGACAAGGCGGCUGUCGUUGUCGCAGGCAUCGGAGUCAAAGACGAUCGAACUGAGCUGCAGCUGUGGGCUUCCGCUGUCGGCUUGGGAGGCAAGGUGCAGGUGCUCACUGCUGCCCGCCGACGCAUCGGCUCGUUGUUGUCGGAGGCGGAGGGCAAGGAGAUCCAGAACAAGGCGUUAGAGCUGCGCCUCAGGGAGGCCUCGCAUCAGGCUUGCCUCUCCGACGGCCUCCUCGGCGAGCUCGAGUACUACCGCAUCCAGGGGGAGGUGGAGCUCGAUGAGCUCCAAGACGACGCCGACGCCAACGCCGAUAUGACUGUUCCACACAUUGCCGGCACAAUGAUCCAAGCUACUAAUACUCGUUUGGUACCUCACCUUGAAAUAACAGAGAAGGAUAAUAUAUCAUGUGAGAUAAGUGAACACGUCAAACAAUGUUCCAGGAUGAUCGAUGAUAUAGGCAUGGCUCUUGAGCUUGAAAAACUGGAUCGCCAAAUGCUCCAAUUUUCCCAGAACUCAAGGACGGAUGCUAGGGAAAUGUCAUAUUUUUCUACUGAACGCAAAAUUUAUGGUAGGAAUGGAGAGAGGGACUUGAUAAUAAGCAAAUUAACGAGUGAGGAAUCCAAUAUGCAGAAUCUUUCCGUCCUCGCAAUUGUCGGUAAUGGAGGUGUGGGGAAGACAGCCCUAGCUAGAAUUGUGUACAAAGAUCCAGCAGUGUCAGAGCAUUUUGACAAGGUUCUGUGGCUCUAUGUUUCUGUUUAUUUCAAUGCAGUCAAAAUUGCACGUGAGCUGUUGGAGCUAUUGCAUGGUGAUAGAUAUGAAAAUGUCACUGAUUUUAAUGAGCUCCUAAACAUCCUUGGAUAUGAGAUGAAGUCGAAACGGGUGCUUCUUGUUAUGGAUGAUAUGUGGGAGGACAGCAAGAAGGAGAAAUGGGAUGAGUUCCUAACUCCUCUAAUCACCAAUGGUGUAAAAGGAAACAUGAUUAUAGUAACAACACGAAAAUCGUCUGUAGCCAGAAUGACAGGAGCAACUCAUGACAUUAAUCUUGACGGUUUAGAGCCUGAAGAUUUUUGGUGUCUGUUCAAGGAAUGUGCCUUUGGGGAUGAAAACCAUAUAGGGCACCGGAAAUUGCAGAGAAUUGGGAGAAAGAUAGCUGUGAAGCUGAAGGGUUAUCCUUUGGCAGCAAAAAGUGUGGGAAAACUACUAAAGAGGAAACUUGAUGAUGAACACUGGACUAGAGUUUUGGAUAACACUGAAUGGAAGAACCAAAAAGAUGAUAAUGAUAUCAUACCAGCACUGAAGAUCAGUUACAAUUAUCUACCAAAACAUCUCCAGAAAUGCUUUUCUUACUGUUCUGUAUUUCCAAAGAACCAUCGUUAUGAUGAAAAGCGGUUAGUUCAUAUCUGGAUUGCCCAAGGUUUUGUACCUUUCACUGACCAGUGCACACGAGCAGAGGAAAUUGGAAGCAAGUAUCUAGCAGACUUGAUUGAUUGGGGAUUUUUCCUUAGUGAACCUCCAAGAUCAUCUUUACUCAUGCAUGAUCUUGUUCAUGAUUUAGCACAGAUAGUUUCAUCUCAUGAAUCCUUCACCAUAGAGGACUUCAAGCCUGCAGGUGAUUUCCAGCUUAUUCGUCAUGUCAGUAUAAUCACCGAGUCGGCAUACUAUGGGCAGUUUGAUGGCACCGUUGAACCUAACGAGAACUUCAUGCAAGAGUUUGCCAAGACCUUCUGCACAUUACCACAAAAGAACAUAAGUACGUUGAUGCUAUUUGGUGCACAUGAUCUGAGCUUUGCUGAUACAUUCCAUCACCAACUCAAUGAGAUGAGAGCGGUCCGAGUGGUGAAGAUGGAAGUGGUGUAUCCUGAUCUGAAUAUCUUGAUACCCAAUAUCUCAGGAUUUAUCAAUCUUCGCUAUCUCGAGCUUAGCUCCUUCUACAGAGGCCUUAAACUGCAACUGCCGGAGGCUAUAUGUAAACUUUACCAGUUACAUGUCCUAGAUAUAAGUAGCUUCAAUGCCACCACAAUUCUACCAAAAGGCCUGAACAAACUUGUCAACCUUCGACAUUUUAUGGCCAGAGAGGAGCUGCAUGCACAGAUAGCCAGUGUAGGAAGAUUGAUUUUCCUUCAAGAGCUUAUGGCAUUUGAUGUCAGGAAAGAGAGUGAUUUUAGCAUCGCGCAACUGGAAAUUUUGAAUGGAAUUAGAGGAUCAAUUAGCAUCUACAAUCUUCAGAAUUUGGAAAGCCAAGAAGAGGCCAGCAAGGCUAGGCUCCGUUCCAAACUACAGCUAAAUAGCUUGCGGUUGUCAUGGUUUGAUAUGCCGAAAUCCUUGAGCAGUCUUAACAUAAUAGAGGGCCUUGAACCUCCCACAUGCAUUAAGAAACUACAGAUAGAUGGAUACAAUGGUUCUGCUCCAUCAUGGCUGAGUAACAGCUUCUAUCUUACUUCCUUGCAGUCUCUACAUCUUGAAAAAUGCAAGUACUGGUCUGCACUUCCACCUCUCCCACAGUUGCAAGAACUCCAAGAACUGCACCUGAUUAACAUGCCUCACAUCACCAGCAUACCAAUUGGUCGUUUGAAGAUUCUAGAACUGCGUAACAUGCCGAGACUGCGACGAUUUGUUGAGACGGAAAGAGACCAGCCGUACAAGAACCUAGAAGUCGUUGAAUUGCAAGAAUGCUAUCAUCUAAUGGAUUUGCCGUUUCAGCUGAGCACUCCUGGCACACUGACUGAGCACCUAUUCCCUCGCCUUCAAAGGUUUCAGAUACGUGACUGUCAUCGCUACUAUAAUUUGCCUCCUUUUCCCCUAGCGGAUACUUUAACUGAUAUAGAUAUAUGGAAUGCAUAUUCAGACUACUAUAUAUUAUUUCGACUUAGCCUCACAGAUGGAAGUAGGCUAUGCUUGGAGAUGGAGGGAGAGAAAUCUAACAGUUUGCAAGCCAUAGAUGAAAAAAUAUUGAGAUUCAGCAAACUGAAGGAUUUGCAAGAACUAGAAAUUAGAUGCUAUCCAUGUGUGAAAUACCUGGCAUGGGAGGAACUCCGGAAAAUGACAUCAUUGAAAAGAUUUAAAGUGGAAGAUUGCACUAUUCUAUUUUCAAACUGCCUGAAACUCUGUCUGCCAUCUUCAGUUCAAGAGAUGGAGUUUGAUCGAUGCGAUAUUACGGGGAAACAGCUCUCCGAACUGAUGUUAAACCUGCCGUUGCUUCAAAUUCUGAAGGUACAUUACUGCAAAAACAUAACAUCGUUAGCCGUCGGAAUGUUUGCUGAUGAACAGUACUGCUCAACGGAGGAAGGUUUGUGGCACAUCCCUCCAAGUGGUUUGGUGACUCUGGAGAAGUUACAGAUAUCUUUUUCAGACAUCAUUUUUCGUACCAAGAAUGGCCUUGGAGGUUUCAGCUCCCUUAAGGAAAUUGAUACGAGGAAAUGCCCUAUGCUUCUGUCUUCCAUGGUCUCAGAAGCAGAAUCUGUGGUAUCAAAUUGUUGUAGCCUCCUACCACCAUCCAUUUUAAAGCUUAACAUCAGUGACAUGGUUGAUAGGCUUUUGCCAUGGUCAAAGCUCUCUUCCCUAGCUGAAUUACAUAUUUUCCGAAGUCCACUUCUGGAAUAUCUAGAUGUGCGUUCUUGCACAGUAUUACAACAGCUCAACAUCGAAGAUUGCUACAUGUUGCAAACAAUCAGAGGUUUACAGAUCCCCACCUCCCUUGCUAAAUUGAAGAUAGUAACUUGCCCAAAACUAGCAUCACUACAACUGGACGCGUGCACAUCAUUGAAGACUUUGAUUGUCGAGGGUUGUGAUUCAUUGUGCACACUGGAUGGUUCACAUUCCCUUGCAUCCGUGAAAGAAGUGAGUAUAUACAAAAAUCCAGUUUUAGCAUCCGUUGAACUGCAUUCUUGCCAUGCAUUGGAGAAGCUCAGCAUCAGAGACUGCCCUGCACUGGCAUCAUGGAAGGGUUUCAGAUCCCUCACUGGUAUCUUGUCCUUGAAAGUUCUCAAUUCCCCAGGAUUUGUACCAUCUUGGCAAUCAGCAGCACAACAAAUCGAGGAAGAGGGUCAUGAAUUCACAAUGCCAUUGAAACAUCUGGACAUCGAUGACAACGAGUUUCUCUCAAUGCCAAUAUGCAGGCAGCUAACAUCUCUGCAGGACCUAACCAUUCGUGGAGUUCUUCAUACACCGUCCGAUAAAAUAGACAUCUUGACCGACAAUCACAAGGCCGCACUGCUACUGCUUGCAUCUUUGGAGGAGCUGAUCUUGUCUGGCUUUGAGCAUCUGGAGUCAUUGCCCUCAGAGAUUCGUCACUUUCCAUUGUUGAAAACAUUGAAGAUCCGGCAUUGUCCACGUAUAACCUCACUACCGGAGGAAGGCAUGCCAUCUUCGCUACAGGAAAUGGACAUAUAUCGGUGCAGCAGUGAGCUAACUGAACUAUGCAGGGUGACCCAUGGGCCUCCAGCAUCGUGGGACAAUAGGAAUUCAUGUCACCUCGAAAGUGGUGGCUCCCAAGCUCGUGGCGUGAUCUGCACAGGGCUACGGCACGAAUCUGGCCGCCGAUGUGGGCAGAUCAAGCGCUCUCCCUCCCGAUCUGUGCGGAUCGGGUGCUCUUUGCUCUCCCACCCGGAUCUGCGCGGUUGGGUGCUGCGGGCGCGUCGCCAGGGCCACACGGCUGUGUCUCCAAGGGGCCUUUACCCGCUGAGGUGGAACCUUGACCGUGAUGUGGUGUGCGCGGAUUGGCUGGAGGGCGAUGAUGUGGCGUGUGCCGUGCUGACUGGGAUGGAGUUGGUUGACCAACAGUCAACAGAGGAUCCUGGCCACCGAUCUGAUGAUGGACGGUGCAGGGGUGUCUCCUUCCUCUGUUCUGUUGCUACGCAAAGAAAGGGCACUGCACGGCGGGAGCUCGCCGGCGUCGGCCGGGACGACGUCUCCGGCCAUCAUGGAGCACCGGCAUGUGGCGGCGGAGGGAGAGAGGCCCACGACGAACUCAUUAGUGGGGUUCAUGGCGCCGGGAAGGGGCUGGAUGCAGCUGCUGCUGCGAGGAGCAGAGCACGGUGGUGGUAG